CACUGGCCUUAAUGCCGCCAUCACUCGGAGCUUUGCCGGAAAGAGAGGGGCGCUGGAGAUAACGCACGCGCAGCCAAACACGACACCACCGAGCGAGCGGGCGAGCACCUGCGAGCUCCUCCCCGGAGCUGCACCUAGUUAGAAAGGGCUAGCUGCGUGUGGUCGAUCGGCAUGGGCGACGGAGCGGCGGCCGUGCCGACCAGCAGGUUCCGCACGAUCUGCGUCUUCUGCGGGAGCAGCGCCGGCCACCGGCAGGUGUUCCCGGACGCCGCGCUCGAGCUCGGCCACGAACUGGUGCGGAGGGGCAUCAACUUGGUCUACGGCGGCGGCAGCAUCGGGCUGAUGGGCGUGAUUGCGCGGACGGUUGAUGCUGGUGGCUGCCAUGUCCUUGGGGUGAUUCCUAAAGCGCUCAUGCCAAUCGAGAUUUCAGGUGAAAGUAUAGGAGAAGUGAAGGUUGUAGCUGACAUGCAUCAGAGGAAAGCUGAGAUGGCUCGCCAAUCUGAAGCCUUCAUCGCUCUUCCAGGUGGGUAUGGAACAAUGGAGGAGUUGUUGGAGAUGAUAACCUGGUGCCAGCUUGGUAUUCAUGACAAACCAGUUGGGUUGGUGAAUGUGGAUGGUUACUAUGAUCCGCUGAUCGCGCUGUUUGAAAAAGGCGCAACAGAGGGUUUCAUCAAUCCUGACUGUAAGCAAAUAUUCGUUUCUGCGCCAACUGCAAGCGAGCUGCUGACAAAGAUGGAGCAAUACACCCGGUUGCACCAGGAGGUAGCCCCGGGCACGAGCUGGUUAUGUCCUUGAAGGCGGCGCACGGGAAAGGCUACGGGAAAGGCGGCGCACCGGCAGCACUCCAUCUACUGAACCUGAACCGAAGCUCUCCACUGAUGAUGCAUUUGUUUUCCCCCGCUAUGUCCUUCAAGUCCCCAAAACCACUCAACUAGGUACCGGCGAUUUCUUGUCUGAAUCUAUCAAGAAAUCGACCCCUACUCGUCGCCAUUCGCAAUUCGAAGUUUGAUUGCUCGGUUAUGUAAGCUACUGUCCUACUCCUCUUUCGGUGUGUGGUCCUUGUGGAAACGGAAUCUGGCCGGGGCAGCACGAAAGCAGCAGCUCAGCUCCGUCCUGCCCCGGCGACGGACGUCACAGGUGAGCGACCAAACUGAUUGGGCUUGUACUCAUUGCUGGAGCCUUCUUUUGGUUAAAAAACGAUGAUGAUGUGAGAUGGAUAAAUGGAUUCAUGAUUCGUGCUGGCU